AGUCAGACCAAAUCAGAUGGGAUUGCCAGCAGCACCGCAGAUGCUUAACAUUCCAGGCAAACCUGGGGUCCAGCAUGGCUAUUCCGGCCCUCCGUUGGCCGAGCCUGUCCAUGAGGCGGACCCGUCAGCUAAAGGGCUCCUAGAACAGAACAGCUACAGCAACAUUCCUAAUGACGGGAAGCAGCACAUGCCGCUCUACGAGAGGUUGUCCCCCAUCAACCAAGCUCACGGCGGCCACUCCAACCACACAGACCCAGCCUUCUUCAUCACCUCGUCCACAUCCUCGUCCUCCGAGAAUGAAGAAAACACAGGCUCCACUGCCAAGUGAGU